AUGUGCUCUAACUCCGCAGAGUGUCGCGACACGGUCAGUUCUGUGACGGGGGGCGGGAGUCUACGAGCCGAGGAGCAGCCGGAGACUGCAACAAUGGCACCGCGGGAUGCUACGACAGAUCCCAAACACGUUGCACCGCCAUCUGCUUCUUGGCUCAACGGCCUGACGGAAAGUUACGCGGUGUGGUUUGCCGCGCUUGUAUUGCUUCUUGCUGUUGGGAAGUGGAAGUACGACGCAUACAUGGAUUUUAUGGACCGUGAUUUGUUACAGACGAGGUAUACCGAGUAUCUGAUUGAGCGCUGGUCACGGGAGGGAGACGAGCUUCUUGCAAACGUCUCACUGGAUCCCAGCUUUACCCGCUACAAAGAGAGACGCAUCUACUUCCGUGCUCUCACGCGAAAGGUGCCGAUUCCUGGAACCACGCCCGUGGAGUUUAAGAUCAAGAUUGGUCUCCCCGAGGUGGAUGACGACAAUCGUUGGCGUGGCGACGACGACGAGCCAGACGACAAGUGGCGGGAGCUGAGAAGUAAAAUGCGGUGCGUUAGUGAAGGGGGGUCAUUGCACUUUCAUAAUGUGGGAUUUCUUUCCAACGGUGUCCGUUUUACCUCAACGUAUGCCUCUGGAGCGGGUGCGGUAGAGUAUAAACUGGAUAGAUGUGUUUCGUGCCUGCAAAAAAUCGUGCCGCUGAUGUGCACAGGUGAUAAGUGGGCCAUAGUAUGCCCUCCAGAUGAGGCAUACGGCGAUGCUGGGAAAGAAAGCGUUCCACCGGGCGCUACGACGGUAUGGCGUAUUAGCAUUGAGAGCGUAGAUGGCAAUAAAGUACGUGGACGGCGCGAGGCUGAAGAACUCCUCACUGCUUCAGUGACGCACACUGAUGGGACGCCGCCCAUGACGCGGAAGCGACUUUUUGAGAAAUCAAAGAAUCAUUCGUCUGUUUUGGAAAUACUUUGA